GUAUAUAACGCCUGAACAAAUAUCAUCAGAAGUAUUCAAAAAUAACAUCCUACAGAGAGUAGCGGCCAACAACACUCUCCUGUAUGUUGCCAUAGAUGAAGCCCAUUGUAUUUCGCAAUGGGGUCAUGACUUCCGACCGGCUUAUAGACGUCUGCAAAUCUUCCGAAAUUUGUGCCCGAAUGUACCACUGUUGGCGUGUACGGCUACUUCAACGCCCAAGGUCAGAGACGAUGUCAUCAAAAGCUUGGGUAUGGUCACUCCUAAAAUAGUGUCGAUGUCGUUCGAUCGGCCGAACCUUACUUACAGUAUCGUUUUUAAGGGGGAUGAGGAUGACGGUAUGGAUAAAAUAGUGCAAGUCGUGAGAGAGGCUCAGAUCGAUGGUCCAGAGUCCACUGGGAUUGUGUAUUGCUUUAGACGAGCUGAUUGCGAGAAGGCUGCUGGCCGACUCCAAUCGGCUGGCAUUGAGGCAGGGGCUUAUCAUGCGGGCAUGCCUGAUAGGGAGCGCACUCGUAUACAGAAUGCAUGGCUCAGAGGGGGACCAGGUGCUCCCAGAGUUCUGUGUGCGACGAUUGCUUUCGGGAUGGGAGUUGAUAAAGCGAAUGUUCGCUUUGUGAUUCACAUGACGUUGAGUAAGACUGUUGAGGGAUACUAUCAGGAGAGCGGCAGAGCUGGCCGUGAUGGGAAACCUGCGAAAUGUGUAAGUAUUACUACAGUGAGUUUGAUAGGCAAGAAAAUGACUAGGGACGAGAAUGACACUGUACGACAUCUUUUUCAUUAA